GAAAACAGUUGGAAUAAACAUUCCCAUUACAAAUCCAACAAUGGAUGUUCUACAUUUUCAUGUUCUGGUGGCUGGUGGUGGAGUUACUGGUGAUGACAAAUUUACUCUACAACCCAAAGAAACAUUUCCUUAUGUUGCCAAAUUUUCCCCAACCAGAACAGGGAUUUCCAAUGCAAGUGUGAUUUUCCAGUGUGACAUAUUUGGAGAAUUUUGGUAUGAAUUACAAAUGUCAUCUGAAAAGCCAGCACCAAUUAAAGUUCCUGAAGUGGCAUGUGAACUUGGAAAGUGGACUCGUUUUAUUAUUCCAUUGCAUAAUCCUACGCAAGAAACCUUUGAGCUACAAACUAUAAAUACUAAUCCUGAAAAUUUCUUAGUGGAAAUGGAUCAC